AUGGGAGAACUCGAAGUCCCCGAGCGUGAGCUCGAAUAUUUCGCAUCCUCGGCCAGAUCUGGACGUCGUAACGCCCUUCCACAACUCGAAGUGAGUGUCCACGCCCUUGUUGGUUUGAUCACUUACGUGAGGAAACCUGAAACCUGAAACUCUUGCUCCUACACAUGCACACCCGCAAAACUCUCUCUCUCUCUCUCUGAUAACAUAACGUGUCUUGAAAUACAGCAUGCUCUAUGAUAAUUAGUUAGUACACAAUAUAUUAGGGCUAUCGGAAGGGGCUAGUAGACCGUAAUAAACAAGAAAUGCUCCGUUUCAAAAAUCUAGUUAUUUUUAGAACCUUUUCUCUCUUUUUGACCAAAAUCUCUUUUAAUCUGAACGAAAUAAUCUUGAUGGAGGAGGAGUUGUGUAGGAAACGGAAAAAGGAAAACAAGUUUUCGUAGCCUAGUAAGCCACCAGACUAAUUCCAUAAACACAAAUUCCGCAGGGGGGAAACCCUUGCAUGCACACACCUGUUAUCAGCUUCUUUCAGCCCCCGAGAUUGUUUGAAAUGACGUCAACCCUUCCCCUCAAAGAAUAAUGUUCUGUAGUCGAGUUUCAAGUUACUGCCAGCAGAAAUUUGAAACCUUAAUAGGAUCUGAGAAGGGGUAGCACAUGAUUUGCUAAUAUGCAUUAACAAUUCAUUAUUAUUCGCUCACUUUUUCAGGUCGAGAUCAAUGAUCCAGAUGCUGAAAAACUAGCCGAGCGAAUGUCAGACAUGACCGCUCAUUGUGAUACGCAAGAGGCUCAAAACCAACCAGGUAGUCAAUAGAACACUAGGUGUUGUGUUAAUAGUUUUUUUUUCAUUUUAGGACCGUCCCCACCUCCACAAGGAACAUCCUAA